AUGACUUCUAAAACACUCCUUGUUUUCUGCGAUGGGACCGGCAUGGAUGGCCAGCUCUCACAGUCUGACACAGGUGCGCGUGCCGGGGGGAUACGACCCGACGAUGUGCAGGUCCUCUUUGAUAAACCUGACGCCGGGAAGACUGCUCCGAAGAAAGAUGAACCCCCGGUUCGAGGUGGCACUGGCAAUCAACAAUACGCGUCAAAUGUUCUGCGCCUCUCUCGGAGUGUACUUCCUCGUACGAAGGAUGGAAAGCCGCAGAUCGUGUUUUACCAAAGUGGCGUGGGCGCUGAGACUGACUUUGAAGGCAGCUCCGAUUUACAGCAGUUGUUGGCCCAAAUGACUGGUGUGCUUGUUGCGAGCAAGAUUCGUGAUGCCUAUGCAUUCAUCGCACAGAAUUAUGAGGAUGGAGACGAUAUCUGCAUCUUUGGAUUUUCUAGGGGAGCUUACACGGCGAGGAAAUUGGCUGGCCUCAUCGACUUGAUUGGUCUCUUAACACGCACAAGUAUGGGUUUGUUCUUCACAAUUUGGCGUGCACUCGUAGACGGCAAGAAGCCCGACAUACCCUCUGAUACAAGACGUGUCAGGAUAAAAUGUGUUGCAGUGUGGGACACUGUUGGCUCCGUGCUCAACACAAUUGAUGCCCUGAGCAUCAAGGACACAAGCCUUCCGCCGACCAUCGAUGUAGCUCUCCACGCGUUGUCUUUGCAGGAGAAUAGACAGAAAUUCUUGCCUACCUUGUGGACAGUUCCGAAACGUGGACUCAACCGGAAUCAAAUUUUCAAGCAGGUGUGGUUCCCAGGAGCCCAUUCUGACGUCGGCGGUGGGUAUGCCCGGCACGAACUCGCCGAUCUCGCUUUAUUCUGGAUCGCCGGGGAGAUUGAAUCAUUUGUGAACCUCGACCUUGCCUUCGUGCAGAGAAGUGGCCAGCCGAAACCUGAGCAGUGGGGAACUUCGCAGCCCCACAAUGCGUACGAAGAGCUGUCGUUUGCGGCACAGAUAGUCAUCCAACACGAGACGCGUCUUGAAAGCAAGCAGAUUGACAUGACUUCUAUCUUUCAUCCCAGCCUCAAAGUCGCCCCGUCUCGCCUCGAUGAUCCAAGGUACAUGAUCACGCUCGAGACUGUCCAACAGGCAUUCGGCAGCAGCUUCGUUCCGCAAUACGCGAGCCUCAACAAAUUCGAACAGAAAUGCAAAGAUCAAUGGGGAAAAACACCGUAUUCCGGUCCUUCCCAAAUUCCCGUCUUCGAGAAUCCUGGUCAGCUCUUCGGAGCUCCAGUCGGUCAAGAAUAA